CCCAACCUCUGGCACUGCUGCCACUCCCUCCCUGGCCCUUCUGGCUCACGCAGCCGCCUCCAGCCCUGCUUGGUGUGGAACAGUGCCGGUAAGGCGCGUAACAGCCCAGGAGAGCAGGUCGACAGCUCUGCUACUCUGGACUAAGAAUCGCUAGGAUGCCUAUCCUGGAAAAGGCCCCCCAAAAGAUGCCUGUACAAGCUUCUAGCUGUGAGGAGGCGCUGGACUUACCUAAGUUGCCAGUGCCCCCACUGCAGCAAACCCUGGCCACCUACCUUCAGUGCAUGCAACACCUGGUACCUGAAGAGCAGUUCAGGAAGAGCCAGGCCAUUGUGAAGCGGUUUGGGGCCCCUGGUGGCCUGGGUGAGACCCUGCAGGAAAAGCUCUUGGAGAGACAGGAGAAGACAGCCAAUUGGGUCUCUGAAUACUGGCUGAAUGACAUGUAUCUAAACAACCGCUUGGCCCUGCCAGUCAACUCUAGCCCUGCUGUGAUCUUUGCUCGGCAGCACUUCCAAGACACCAAUGACCAGCUAAGGUUUGCAGCCAGCCUCAUCUCCGGUGUGCUUAGCUACAAGGCUCUGCUGGACAGCCAAUCCAUUCCCACUGACUGGGCCAAGGGGCAGCUCUCAGGGCAGCCCCUCUGUAUGAAGCAGUACUACAGACUCUUCUCAUCAUACCGGCUUCCUGGCCAUACCCAGGACACACUGGUGGCCCAGAAGAGCAGUAUCAUGCCUGAGCCUGAGCAUGUCAUCGUGGCCUGCUGCAACCAGUUCUUUGUCUUGGAUGUUGUCAUUAAUUUCCGCCGUCUCAGUGAGGGUGAUCUGUUCACUCAGUUGAGAAAGAUAGUCAAAAUGGCGUCCAACGAGGAUGAACGCCUGCCUCCAAUCGGCCUGCUGACGUCAGACGGGAGGAGCGAGUGGGCCAAGGCCAGGACGGUCCUCUUAAAAGACUCCACCAACCGGGACUCCCUGGACAUGAUCGAGCGCUGCAUCUGCCUGGUAUGCCUGGAUGGUCCAGGCACUGGAGACCUCAGUGACACACACAGGGCCCUCCAGCUCCUUCACGGUGGAGGCUGCAGCUUGAAUGGAGCGAAUCGUUGGUAUGACAAGUCCCUGCAGUUUGUGGUGGGCCGAGAUGGCACCUGCGGUGUGGUGUGUGAGCACUCCCCUUUUGAUGGCAUCGUCCUGGUGCAGUGCACGGAGCACCUGCUGAAACAUAUGAUGACAGGCAACAAAAAGCUCGUCCGAGCUGACUCAGUGAGUGAACUCCCUGCCCCCAGAAGGCUGAGGUGGAAAUGUUCCCCAGAAACUCAAGGCCAUCUCGCCUCCUCAGCAGAGAAACUUCAAAGAAUCGUAAAGAAUCUGGAUUUCAUUGUUUAUAAGUUUGACAACUAUGGGAAAACAUUUAUUAAGAAGCAGAAAUGCAGUCCUGAUGGCUUCAUCCAGGUGGCCCUCCAGCUGGCUUACUACAGACUUUACCAGAGGCUGGUGCCCACCUAUGAGAGUGCAUCCAUCCGCCGCUUCCAGGAAGGUCGGGUGGACAACAUCAGAUCGGCCACUCCUGAGGCUCUGGCUUUUGUGCAAGCCAUGACUGACCACAAGGCUGCCGUGCUGGCUUCUGAGAAACUGCAGCUGCUGCAGAGAGCCAUCCAGGCCCAAACUGAGUACACAGUCAUGGCCAUAACCGGCAUGGCCAUUGACAACCAUCUUCUGGCACUGAGGGAGCUGGCCCGAGACCUGUGCAAAGAGCCACCUGAGAUGUUCAUGGAUGAAACAUACCUGAUGAGCAACCGGUUUAUUCUCUCCACCAGCCAGCAAGAACGCACGCAGGACACUCGGAUCCUUCUGCAGUAA